GGGGUCUUUGUUGAGUGCAGGAAAACAGACUCCCUCUGUUAAUGUAUUAAUGUUGCAAGAGAAACUCGAAAAAUAGACGAAUAGCUACAUCAAGUGUAGCAGGGAAUUGAAAACUAGGACGUAUACCCAUCGUCACUGCCGAGAGGAUUGUUACUGAGCUGACAAUAUCGACUGUAUACAAACAAAACCGUCGCUCUUCUUAAGGUGGUAUUGGGUGAUAUUUUUAGCCUAACACUUGUCCAUUUUGCUACUGCGCUAAUUCUGUUCACAGUUAUGGGAGCGUUUCAUCGUUAGAAGGAAUAGUGUUAUUCCUAUUCCUCUACAAGCUAUCAUGAAAGAAGACAGUUAUUUCUUCUUGGAAAGGCAGCUCAUGCCAUGCAAAAGAGGGGGUUACGUUUCCUGCUGCCUCAACGUUACCGUGGAACAGAGGGUGCCAAAGAGGGGAAUCCAGUGGCCUGCAUUUACUUCUGACACCAUUUCAUUGAAAUAGUGUUUUAAUAAGCAGAACUGGGAUUAUGGAGACCGUUGGGAAAUUUGAGUUCAGCAGGAAGGACCUCAUCGGACACGGAGCCUUUGCUGUAGUGUUCCGAGGCAGACAUCGAGAGAAACAUGAUUGGGAAGUGGCUGUGAAAUGCAUUAACAAGAAAAACCUGGCAAAGUCACAGACACUUCUGGGCAAAGAAAUAAAGAUAUUAAAGGAACUUAAACAUGAAAACAUCGUCGCUCUAUACGACUUCCAGGAAACGGCGAGCUCCGUGUACCUGGUAAUGGAGUACUGCAACGGUGGAGAUCUUGCUGACUACCUACAUGCCAAGGGCACCUUGAGCGAGGACACCAUUCGAGUGUUCCUGCUGCAGAUCGCCAGAGCCAUGAGGAUCCUGCAGGCCAAAGGCAUCAUCCACCGUGACCUCAAGCCGCAGAACAUCCUCUUAACCCACCCCGCAGGCCGCAAGUCCCACUCCAACAACACCUGCAUCAAGAUAGCUGACUUUGGAUUCGCCAGACACCUUCAGAACAACAUGAUGGCCGCCACCCUCUGUGGCUCCCCCAUGUACAUGGCCCCUGAAGUCAUCAUGUCCCAGAACUACGAUGCCAAGGCAGACCUGUGGAGCAUAGGAACCAUUGUUUUCCAGUGCCUUACAGGGAAGGCCCCCUUUCAGGCCAGCAGUCCUCAAGACCUCCGCUUGUUUUACGAGAAGAAUAAAAACCUCUCGCCCAACAUUCCUAGAGAAACCUCCAGCCACCUCAGACAGCUGCUCCUCGGCUUGCUGCAGCGGAACCAUAAAGACCGCAUGGACUUCGAUGAGUUCUUCCGACACCCCUUCCUUGAAGCAAGCUCAACCAUGAAGAAGUCGACCCCAGUGACACUCCAGUGCUUUCCCAACUCUGCCUCAGCCAGCUCCUGCAGUAGUUCAUCCACAUCACACCUUGCCUCACCACCACAGUCCUUGGCAGAGAUUCAGCAGCUCCGCGCAAAGCCCCUGCCCUCUCCCACCCAGGAGUCUCCCGGUUCCCUGCUGAAGGACUCGGGAGGGGGGGGCGGCGGCAGCAGCAAGAACUCGUCUUGUGACACCGACGACUUUGUCAUCGUGCCAGCUCACUUUGCCAGUGACUUGGCCGGUGAGAUACCCAGCAGUAAAGUGAUGCAGGACAGCCUCAUGUACAGUGGGAGCUCUCUGCUGGCCUCUGGUGGUGUGGGCAGUCAAAGCAAGACCCCGCCCCGGUCCCCUUCCUACAGUGGCUCGCCUGCACCCUCUGGCAGGCUCAGCGAAUGCUUGGCGAGUAACUAUAGUAACUAUGGCCAGUCAGUGCCCAUUCCAGUCCCCACUCAGAUUCACAACUACCAGCGCAUGGAGCAGAACCUCCAGUCCCCCAGCCAAGACAGUUCCCCCAGGUUGGCACCGCCCGUGCGUCGCUGCAGCAGCGGCAGCUCGCUGGCCUACGGGAGGACCGGUCCGUCUCCACCGCACUCGGGGGCCUACGGCUCGGCCCUCAGCUCCCGGAGGCUCUCGGCCGGGGCCACCAAACCCUUCCAGCUCUCCCCCCAGGUGGGCACCAUUCCGGAGAUGCCUGGGCAGACUGACCGACUGGGCACAGAUCUGGGUCAGUUGGGGGCACAGAACAGCGGCUUGGACGGCAGGUUUCAGCCUCAGCACCAGCCCAAGGGUCUGGGCACCCGGCUGCACAGCGCCCCCUGUCUCCUGGAGGUGGGGAACGGCGCCCGGCAGAAGAUCCGCAAGCAGCACUCGGACCCGGUGGUGGCCCCUCAGGGGGGGAUGAUGGCCCUGCGGCCCCUCCACUCCUCCCCCCGCCUCAGCGAGCUCAUGCAGAGAAGCCCCCUGCCCACCAUCUUGGGCUCCCCCUCCAGGGCCAUGCCCCCGUUUGAGUUCCCCAGGCCGCCCAGCUCCCCCAACAUGGUCACUUUCCUGGCGCAGCAGGGCCUCAUCCUGGCGGCGUCGCCCAGCAACAGGCAGACCCAGGGGGACACGGGACCCGGCAGUCUGCUGGACAGAGGAGCGGAGGAGGGCCGAGGAUUCGGGAGGUCGCAGAGCGCUGGUCGCCUGUCGGACAUGUUGUUGAUGGCGGCGUUUGGAGGACCGCUGGGGGACCGAGGGAGCUCAGAAAACCUCAGCGCUGACAACAGAGCUAUAGACAUUACAGCGCCAUCUGCUGGAGGCACUAUGGUGGUGGGCUCAGGCAGUCCAGCCAGGGUUGUCUUCACUGUUGGCUCUCCACCAAGUGGCAGCACACCCCCUCAGUCCUCUCGGACCAGGAGGUUCUCGGGAUCUUCAAGUUCCAUCAGUCCGGUUGGGUCCUUGACCAGCCGGUACCACCCAGAGGGCUCAUCCAGUCCCCGGUAUGGCUUCACAGAUCCCAUCUCGGCCAAUCUGGAGGGAGCAGUCACGUUUGAAGCGCCAGAGCUACCAGAGGAGACACUAAUGGAGCAGGAGCACACAGACACCUUGCGGCAUUUGCGCUUCACGCUGGAGUUUGCCCGCUGCAUGGUGGAGGUGGCGGGUAGCCGGGCAGGUGACCGGGACCAGGACCGCGACCAGGACCGGGACGAGGUCGGAGAGCCCGGGGACCCCUCCUGCGCCUCCCUGCUGCAGCAGCAGAGCAUGGUGGCCGACCAGAUCAGCUCCCUCAGCCGCGAGUGGAGUUAUGCAGAGCAGCUUGUGUUGUACAUGAAGACUGCUGAGCUGCUCUCCUCUGCUCUGCACUCGGCCAUGGAGGGCAUCAAAGAGGGCAAGCUGUACCCCUCCAGCACUGUCAAGCAGGUGGUCAGAAGACUGAAUGACCUCUACAAGUCCAGUGUGAUGUCCUGUCGCUCCCUCAGCGCUCGCCUGGAGCGCUUCUUCUCGCGCAAACACCGCCUCAUGGACCACAUCAACACCAUCACCGCCGAGAGGCUGCUCUUCAGCCACACCGUACAGAUGGUUCAGACAGCUGCACUGGAUGAAAUGUUCCACCAGGGGGAGCUGUCUGCGCAGCGCUACCAUAAAGCCUUGCUGUUGAUGGAGGGCCUCUCCAUGCUCCUCACCGAACAGGCCGACAUCCUCAGCCUUAGCAAGUGUAAGCAGUGUAUUGAACGCCGUCUCACCGCUCUGCAGUCUGGCUUGUGUGUAUAAACAACCCUGCUAUGUAAGGCCACAGCAAGCAGCCUGGACAUUCAAGAAAUAUCUCUCCCACUCUCUCUCUCUUUUUCUAUCUCUUUUUCUCUCUCUCUCUCUCUCUCUCGCACGCUGUAAGCCUCUGCUCAGUGACUGUGCAUCAGAUGUCUGUUGAGAUGACUGAAGAUUCGGUCAGCAUGGCUCUCUGCCGGGAGAGGUCAAAGAGCCACAGCAGUGGACGCGAGAAGGGUCAAGUGUCCGCGGAGCCGUAGGUUUGGUCCUGUUCACACCUCAGCUUACCUCACCCUUCACUGGACACAAGAACACACAGGCACAGCUGGAGACACAAUCAGAACCAGGAAGUGGAGCGACAUGCUGGUACCAACACCCAUUUUGAACUCUGACUUGAGCUCUCGCAUUGCCCCACAAUAUCACUCUUCUAGUCUCUUCUCGUUAGCCUUGCCGCCUCAGUCCAACACAAACAAACUGUGAUUAGCCUUGCAAGGCAUCUUGGAGUAUGAAGGAGUCUGUGAAGAAAAGGUUCCUUCAAACGCAGUAUCCAUGUUUCCAUUAGGAGUGUAUAUUGGAUGGUCUUGAUCAGAUGAGAACACGCCAUGUUUACGCAAAUCUAUUUUUUAUUAACUUUCCACAGUCAUCUGCCAUCCUGAUAACAUAUAUCGUCUGUUGUUCCCAUUUCAGUAAGCUGGCCUAAAGUCAGAAGUUUAAGUAUCAUCCAUUUACUUUCCCAUAUAUCCCUUGAUGGGUUUUAGGGUCAAUGGAUAUGAAUGGAAGACCACCACCCCCCCCCCCCCCCCCCAACCAAUAUUGGACCAAUUAUUCAUUCCAAAUAUUUGAAAGUACUACUUUAAUGAUACUUUAUUUUUUGAAUGUUUUGGAAUGUUUCUGAAUGUUUUGGACCAGAAAAACAGGAGAUUAGAAUGUCCUCAGGACAGUUGUUGCCCCAGCUGUUCCAUUAGUUUCAUUUAAGCCUAACAAGCUUAACUUUCCAUGGAAUCGACGCCUGGUUCAUUUUACCAAAGUUUCAAGAAGAGCCAUGGUGUGGGGGAAAAAAAGCCGACUGAUACAUUCCCCAGUUUUGUUUCUCUAUAUAUGUUGCAUGCCCACAGGACUGAAUAUCCCCAUUCUGUAGCAGGGAAUAUUUUAAGGCCACCUGUUGCACUUUAGAGAAUCACGACCAAUCACAGAUGAUGUCCCACUGAUUAUUUAAAGACGUGGUAAAUUGCGUUCCAAUUUAUUGAAAAGGAUCUUUCAGGUCUAGUUCUGAGUUAAGGCCAUAUGAUCUUUUUUAUUUUGUCUUAAUGGUCAAACGAUCAUCACCAUAAUCAUCCAUUGUGAAUGUAACGUGUAGAGUUAAGGUUUGUGUGUGUUGGUGAAAUUGUAGACUGCAUUUAUAUUCUUUGUAGUGGAGUGACAAUGUGUUUGAAUGGAACUAGUGGGAAAGCAUUAUUUGAUUGUUGUUUUGAUAUUUGCUUAUUUGAGCGAUCCCUUUGAGUUGAGCAGUUCCCCUCAAACACUCGGCUUGGGGCUAGAGUUCUAUGAACCUCGAAUGAAGUUGAUGGACAUCUCAGUAUUUGUGCAAUAUUACCCGGAAAUACAGUGAUGGCACCUGAAUAUCGAUAGAGUCCAGAGAAUGUGCUUGAUUUCUUCAAGGUCACUUGACAAUCUCUCACUUGCAGCACUGAUGGCUUGGUCUUGCGUAGCAAUAGCUUUACUAUUCAGGCUUGGUUCAAAACAGCAGUGUUUUAUUAAGGACGUGGGUUAGAGAUGCUUCAGGAGGCUUUGCGUGCUUUGUUCAUUACGCAAGCUUUUUGGUCUGGCAAGUAUAAAGCAAACCCCUCAACUGAAAAGCUUGCACUGCUUUGCCAUUGAAAAGUACUGUAUAGCGUGCGUUCAUGGCAGGGGGAGGCUCAAGAUAUAUGGGAACAGCCAUUUUAUCAUUUUAUCAGCAUAGGCUUGCUAGAGGUUGUUUUAGAUGUAGACUUUUCCCAGUGCAUUUUAGAUUAGCCCUCUGUAGAGUUUUUUUUUUUAGAUAUAGAAUUUCAUUUUAACUUAUGUUGUUGUGAGUUUCUUUUUCUGUAUCUUAACAGGGAAAAGAUUUAAGCUAUCAAGGAAGAUGUUUAAAUGUGCCUUUUGAUUUAAAAGAAAAUGGAAGAAAAAAGCAAAAAUGUGUACACUAUAAAUAAUGUUCUGUAGUGUUUUAGCUUUGUUAUGUUAUUUUGAUGAAAGGGUGGGCACAAUUAUAGAACUAAGGUUUAUACUCGACUUUUGGAUUGUUGGGUGCUUGAUUUGAAGUAUAGAUUUAUUUUUGGAGUGUGUGUGUAAGGUGAUGUGUGUGUUUGUGUGCGACUAGUGUUUAAGUAAAUUGACUGUGCACCAUGUGUUUGCUGAUCAUGGGAGGUUAUUGUGGCAGUAAAGAGUCAUUACCAAGGACUCCUUUAAUGACUGCAAAGUUAACCAGAUGGUCCAAAGUUAACCAGAUGGUCCAGUUUGUUCUGAUUUGAAAGGCCAGUUGUAAGUUGUAUGUAUUUUUUGUCUUUUGUUUUGUUUUGUUUUGUUUUCAUAUGUACAGUGGACUGGUAGACUAUAUUUUGGUGCACUUGUUGGCAAGUGUGUUGCCUUUCUUUUCAGCAGAAGCAAAUUUCCUCUAUUUUUAAAGCUCUCCGAUAGCCUCAUUGUUCUGUUACAUCAGCCAUACUGUAUACUGUGAAGAGUUUGCGAUUCAUGACCAUUCCAGCUUGGGAUUCAUAUGGCUGCUUUCCAUUUGCUUCAUAUAGUCUAGUCCCUCUCAUUAACCAAGUAAGUACACACUUAAAUAGCAUACAACUACACUCAUUGAGAACCGAAAAGCGCAACUUUUGAUUGAUGCAGUGAUAAUCUCAAAUUACUGGUAGAUACAGAGACAUGCCUCUCUUUGUCAAAUCACCUCUCUGUCAGGUAAAUAAGAGCGCUACACAUACACUACAGUGAGCUCAUUUCACAUGUAUUUUCAUACUAUUUGCUACUGUGCAUAUGAAUAUGAAUACCGAAUUGCUCGCCCCGUAAAUCAGCAGUGGGCCCACUAAUAAGGCUUUAUCCCCCCCACCCCGGUCUCUCAGUAUCACUUGUAUAUAAGAAUUGUAAAUUAAGUUAUUGCUCUACAUGUAUAUAAAUAAGUGCAUGGGAAUAUCUUACCUACCCCCCUCGGCCCACCAAAGAGAAGUAAUAAACAUUCUGAUUUCCUCCCGCUCAUUGCUUGACUGUUAAAAACAUUACUUGUCUGUUUACCAAGUAAAUCUAAAUUAACUACACACACAUUCUGUCACUGUCUAUGUGAUGUAACUUUUGCUUUUGAACUCCAAAAGGUUACGCACCAAUAAAAUGAGAAAUUAAGUGAA